AGGAGUUGAACGUCAAUUGUGAACACUUAAUCAGUACUUCUUAACUCUUUUCCGCUCCUCUCCAAAAUCAACAAAAAUUAGCAUGUCUUCAGAUGAAGAAUUUUUGAUCUCACAGGUGAUGAGUUACAUGAAGAGUGAUGUAGCAACCGCCAAAUCUUUUAUGAUAUUUGCGAAAAGUGUGUUCCCAAAGAGCUUUCCUGUGUUGUUCCAGUGUUAUAAAAUGGACUAUGUGGAGGAGAACCUCGAAGAAUGCGCAAUAUGUUUGAGUGAUUUAGUCAAGCAAUUUCCCAAUGAAGCUCUACUUGUGCGAGAACUUAGGAAUCUUGCUGAUGCUUUGUAUGCAGAAGAUGGAAAUUUUCUUAAACUUAUUUUUGAGAAAUUAUCUGAAGAUGUGAAGUAUGAAGUGAUGCUUGCUGUAACUCGUAAUUCUCAAACUGUUGAAGAACAUUGUAAGCUGAUGUUGCUUUUUUUGAAAAGACUGCCUAAUGCGAGACUCAUACAGCAUGGCAAGGAUAUAGUUGAAACUUUACUGAAGGUGGAAUCUGGUCCUGGAAUCAGCGUUCCUAUCAAUUUGUUUAGAAAAAUGCUUGUUUUUGAUGCUUUACCUUUAAUUUUGAAGGUGCCUCAAUUUGAAUAUAAGCUUAAGUCACAUAUAUUUCCAAUGUUGCAAAAGGCUGUUGAAUUUUAUGUUUGUUGUAUGUUUUGCCCUCCUACCCCUCAAGAUGAUCCCGUACGUAAAGAAGUUAUACCAUUAUCUGAUAAUGAUCCUGCAGAAGGCUGGAAACCUCUGUUAAAACUUCUUGAAACGGUUGCUUUGCGUUAUCGGUGGAAUUAUCCAGAAUUGUUUGUUACAAAGUUUGAUGAUUUAAGUUUGGGAACACUUUUAACCCUUUUAAAAAGGAAGAAUAAAACAUUGUCUGGUCUAACAAGUGAAAAACAUCGAAGUGAGGAAUCAUCUGGUUAUGAAGAAGCCUAUUUUUGUUUAGUGGUGACAUUUUUUUACUACCUGCAUCAUUUUGGAAGACUUAUCCAUCCAGACAUUUUCUCCAGCACUCUGACUGGACCUUUUAAUUUUGUUAUGAUGGAAGGCAUAUCCUACCCCCAAGAGGAAUGUGACAAAUCCAUAUGCAGUGAUUAUAAAAGAACUAAUAAAGGGUUUGUAGCUGUUAGUAAAUAUGCAGCUCAAGACAGUGCCAAAACAUUGUUGAAUGCUUUUUCAGUAGCAUUAGAAUGCUGGGUUUUAUUGCACCGACACCAGCAUUUGAUGAAGGAGUUUAAUUUCCUUGGUAAGAAUCUGAAAUUAGAAACAUGGCCUGUAUUCCAAGAGUUUUAUGUUUGCGUACUAAUGCAUGAAAGAGCUCACAGAGAAGCCAUUGACCAUCUAGGACGAAUUCAAGAUAAUUCCAAGGAUGUUGCUUACAAAAGUAAAGUUGCAUUGCAAAUAGCAAGUUGCUAUCAAUAUUUAGUGGAAUCUGAACAUUCAUUAAAAAUCUUGUUCGAUAUUAUUAUGAGUUUAUCUCCCAGUUCAUCAACAAACUCGGUAAAAACUUUGAGUAAGUGCCCAGCUAGGUAUCUUUAUUUCAUGGGUUAUAACAACAGAGAAAUUCUCCAGUAUUGCAUUUCUCUAUUGUUGAAACUAUACAAAACUCAAGAUAAGAUUGAUGAAUCUUACAAAGAUAUGGCAUUAGGUUAUCAGCUUAUAUUGAUGCAGUAUGAUUUUGAACAUGAAUAUGAAACAUUAAAAUCUUGUGUAGAUACUAUUCAAAGAGCUAAAACUUUUUGUUUUCCAAAGUUCUUUAAUUAUGUAAUCAAUGUUGAAAUUUUAGAAGCAAUUGCUUAUUUGAGCACUCCAGCUGGUGGUAGUGUAAACUUAGAAAUUUUAGCUUCAUCAACUUUUCAAGCCAGUAAGCAGAGGGCUGUUACUAGAGGUAUUAAUAAGGGGGCUAAAGAUGACCUAAAGCAGGCUUUUGUCAAUCAAAUGACUCGAUGUCAUGAAAAUAUUGACACACUUUUUAUUGAAUUUAUUAAAGAGGAACACAGUUUUUUACUUUUACCGCUGUUAAAAAAUGAUUAA